CCCAAAGAGGAAACAUACCCAGCAAAGUCAGUUGAUUAAGCAUCAAACAAACAAACAGAUCCCAAAUCUUCUGUUCAACUGGAAAGGUCUUUUUCUGGAGUCCUGAGAGGCAGGUUAUGGGCAGGACUGCCUCUGGCCCGCACCAUGAAGCCUGAACCUGCUUCGGCUCUGCCCUGGGCCCUGCUCUGCCUGAGCACUCAGCUUUGGGCUUCCCCGCUCCCUGCAGCCCCCUGCUGCUAGGAGGUAAAACUUCAGGACUGGUCCUUGGCCUGUUUCUGCCUUUCACCUGGCUCACCUCACCACUGCUCACGCCUCCUCCAUCACGGCACCCCCACCCCAGUCCUCUCCCCGGCCUCCCUGGCUGGGGCGUUUGGGGGUCUGUUGGGAGGAGUGCAUUGCUGAAGCCUUCCACCCACCGUGUACCUUCUCCUCCUCGAAACAAGGCCUCCGGAUCCACAUGGGUAGCUGAGAUCUUUUCUUGGAGGACACUUGGCUCCUCACUCUAGUCCCCCACUUUCCCACCUGACUUUCCACCUCUUCUGCUGCCCUGCCUUCUCCUUCUGCCUCUUUGUUGAAUUUCUUGCUUGUGCGCUCAUCUGGGGCUGUCUUUUCCACUUUCCUUCUUCCUCACCCUCUGGAUAUUCGUGUGUGCGCGCCUCCGUCCUCUGUGUGCUCUCUGUCCCUCUUCCAGGCCCAUCCCCUUUUCCUCUGUCCCUUCUGCUGACAAGCGGGGUCGUCCCCUGAGGCCGGUUUCCCCGCCCGUCGUCGGUUCCUCCGGGAUCCGUCCUGGCAGCCACAAUGAGCUUCGCCGCAAACUCGGUUUUCUUCACCCUGAAGGUGAGCGUCCUGCUGGGGUCGCUGCUGGGGCUCUGCCUGGGCCUUGAGUUCAUGGGCCUCCCCAACCAGUGGGCCCGCUACCUCCGCUGGGAUGCCAGCACCCGCAGCGACCUGAGCUUCCAGUUCAAGACCAAUGUGUCCACGGGGCUGCUCCUUUACCUGGACGACAGUGGCGUCUGUGACUUCCUCUGCCUUUCCCUGGUGGAUGGCCGUGUGCAGCUCCGCUUCAGCAUGGACUGUGCGGAGACCACGGUGCUGUCCAGCAAGCAGGUGAACGACAGCAGCUGGCACUUCCUCAUGGUGAGCCGCGACCGCCUGCGCACGGUGCUGGUGCUCGACGGCGAGGGCCAGGCGGCCGAGCUGCAGCCUCAGCGGCCCUACAUGGAUGUGGUCAGUGACUUGUUCCUUGGCGGAGUCCCCGCGGACAUACGACCUUCUGCCCUGACGCUUGAUGGAGUACAGGCCAUGCCCGGCUUCAGAGGAUUAAUCCUGGAUCUCAAGUAUGGCAACUCAGAGCCUCAGCUUCUGGGGAGCCAGGGUGUCCAGUUGGAUGCCGAGGGACCCUGCGGUGAACGUCCCUGCGAAAAUGGGGGGAUCUGCUUUCUCCUGGAUGGCCACCCCACUUGUGACUGUUCCACCACCGGCUAUGGAGGCAAGCUCUGCUCAGAAGGCCUCUCCCACCUCAUGAUGAGCGAACAAGGUAGAAGUAAAGCCCGAGAGGAGAAUGUGGCCACUUUCCGAGGCUCCGAGUACCUGUGCUACGACCUGUCUCAGAACCCGAUCCAGAGCAGCAGUGAUGAAAUCACCCUCUCCUUUAAGACCUGGCAGCGGAACGGGCUCAUCCUGCACACGGGCAAGUCGGCUGACUAUGUCAACCUGGCUCUGAAGGAUGGCGCGGUCUCCUUGGUCAUUAACCUGGGGUCCGGGGCCUUUGAGGCCAUCGUGGAGCCAGUGAAUGGAAAAUUCAACGACAACGCCUGGCAUGAUGUCAAAGUCACGCGUAACCUCCGGCAGGUGACAAUCUCUGUGGAUGGCAUCCUUACCACGACGGGCUACACUCAAGAGGACUACACCAUGCUGGGCUCGGACGACUUCUUCUACGUGGGAGGAAGCCCAAGUACCGCUGACUUGCCAGGCUCACCCGUCAGCAACAACUUCAUGGGCUGCCUUAAAGAGGUUGUUUAUAAGAAUAAUGACAUCCGUCUGGAGCUGUCUCGCCUGGCCCGGAUCGGGGACACCAAGAUGAAAAUCUAUGGUGAAGUUGUAUUCAAGUGUGAGAAUGUGGCCACACUGGACCCCAUCAACUUUGAGACCCCAGAGGCGUACAUCAGUUUGCCCAAAUGGAACACCAAACGCAUGGGUUCCAUCUCCUUUGACUUCCGCACCACUGAGCCCAAUGGCCUGAUCCUUUUCACUCACGGCAAGCCCCAAGAGAGGAAGGAUACUCGGAGCCAGAAGAACACCAAGGUGGACUUCUUUGCUGUGGAACUUCUCGAUGGCAACUUAUACUUGUUGCUUGACAUGGGCUCGGGCACCAUCAAAGUGAAGGCCACUCAGAAGAAAGCCAACGAUGGGGAAUGGUACCACGUGGACAUUCAGCGAGAUGGCAGAUCAGGUACCAUAUCAGUGAACAGCAGGCGCACGCCAUUCACCGCCAGUGGGGAGAGCGAGAUCCUGGACCUGGAGGGGGACAUGUAUCUGGGCGGGCUGCCGGAGAACCGUGCUGGCCUCAUCCUCCCCACUGAACUCUGGACCGCCAUGCUCAACUAUGGCUACGUCGGCUGCAUCCGUGACCUGUUCAUCGACGGGCGCAGCAAGAACAUCCGGCAGCUGGCAGAGAUGCAGAACGCUGCGGGCGUCAAGUCCUCCUGUUCGCGGAUGAGCGCCAAGCAGUGCGACAGCUACCCCUGCAAGAACAAUGCUGUGUGCAAGGACGGCUGGAACCGCUUCAUCUGCGACUGCACGGGCACUGGCUACUGGGGAAGAACCUGUGAAAGGGAGGCGUCCAUCUUGAGCUACGAUGGCAGCAUGUACAUGAAGAUCAUCAUGCCCAUGGUCAUGCACACCGAGGCAGAGGAUGUGUCUUUCCGCUUCAUGUCCCAGCGAGCUUAUGGACUGCUGGUGGCUACUACAUCUAGGGACUCUGCGGACACCCUGCGCUUGGAGCUGGAUGGGGGGCGUGUCAAGCUCAUGGUUAACUUAGGCAAAGGACCUGAGACCCUGUACGCGGGGCAGAAGCUCAAUGACAAUGAAUGGCACACCGUCCGGGUGGUGCGGAGAGGAAAAAGCCUUAAGUUAACCGUGGAUGAUGAUGUGGCUGAGGGUACGAUGGUGGGGGACCAUACCCGCUUGGAAUUCCAUAAUAUCGAGACUGGAAUCAUGACAGAGAAACGUUACAUCUCCGUUGUCCCAUCCAGUUUCAUUGGCCACUUGCAGAGCCUCAUGUUCAAUGGCCUGCUCUAUAUUGACCUGUGUAAAAAUGGCGACAUUGAUUACUGCGAACUGAAGGCUCGUUUUGGACUGAGGAACAUUAUCGCUGACCCCGUCACCUUCAAGACCAAGAGCAGCUACCUGAGCCUGGCCACCCUCCAGGCCUACACCUCCAUGCACCUCUUCUUCCAGUUCAAGACCACCUCAGCGGAUGGCUUCAUUCUCUUCAACAGUGGUGAUGGCAAUGACUUCAUUGCAGUUGAAUUGGUCAAGGGGUAUAUACACUACGUGUUUGACCUUGGGAAUGGUCCCAACGUGAUCAAAGGCAACAGUGACCGCCCCCUGAAUGACAACCAGUGGCACAAUGUCGUCAUCACCCGGGACAACAGUAACACCCAUAGCUUGAAAGUGGACACUAAAGUGGUCACUCAAGUUAUCAAUGGGGCCAAAAAUCUGGAUUUGAAAGGUGACCUCUACAUGGCGGGUCUGGCCCAAGGCAUGUACAGUAACCUUCCAAAGCUGGUGGCUUCCCGGGAUGGCUUUCAGGGCUGUCUGGCAUCAGUGGAUUUGAACGGGCGCCUGCCAGACCUCAUCAACGAUGCCCUCCAUCGGAGUGGACAGAUCGAGCGUGGCUGUGAAGGACCAAGUACUACCUGCCAGGAAGAUUCAUGUGCCAACCAGGGGGUCUGCAUGCAGCAGUGGGAAGGCUUCACUUGUGACUGCUCCAUGACGUCAUAUUCUGGAAACCAGUGCAAUGAUC